GGCUGGCGGGCGUGCGCAUACAGGGGCAGAAUUGAGGGGCUACCCAGGCGGCGGGGACCACCUCGUGGGACCGCUCAGUGUGCCCCGCCAGCGUCCGGACCUAGGCUCCGCUUCUUAACCCGUGGCGCCCGCGCCCAGCUCUGCCUGGCCUUUCGGGAUCCGAGCUUGUAGGCCGUUUAAAGGGAACUGGUUGCCCUUUGCGGGAUCCUGCAGAACGGAAGUGGGGGUCGUGGACUUUGGUCCCAGCCCGUAGCAAUCGGAAUGGCUUCCGUGCAGAUUCGUGAGGCCAAGGAGGAAGACUGUGGAGAUAUCCUGAGGCUGAUUCGGGAACUAGCUGAGUACGAGAAACUCUCGGAUCAGGUGAAGAUCAGUGAAGAAGCCCUGAGAGCAGAUGGCUUUGGAGAGAAUCCUCUGUAUCACUGCUUGGUAGCAGAGACUCCUCCAGCCCCGGGCCAACUACCUGGGCCUCGCUUGGUGGGCUAUGGACUAUACUACUUCAUCUACAGCACGUGGAAGGGACGCAGCGUUUACCUGGAAGACAUCUAUGUGAUGCCAGAAUAUCAGGGUCAGGGGAUUGGUUCCAAAAUUAUCAAAAAGGUGGCUGAGGUGGCCUUGGAAGCGGGCUGCACCCAAUUCCGUCUGAUGGUCCUGGACUGGAACAAGAGGGCCGUGGACUUGUACAAGGUCCUAGGAGCCCACGACCUGACUGAAGCUGAGGGCUGGCACGCCUUCUGCUUUGAAGGACAGGCGAUGAAGGCAUUGGCAGGAAGGUGAUGCCAUCCCUGGGUGAUGGUUCUCUACGUGAACUUCCCCCCAGCUCAAG